ACCACUCUCCAAGCUCUUUUGUAAAAUAAUCCCUAAAAUAUUUUGCUUUAAUUUCAUAUUGAAAGGUUUAUGUCGACUGGAGAAGCGCAAUGGAAGCACAGGCAGGCAUGUUGCUCACUGAUGCAUCCACAGAGAGUAUUCACUAUUAGAAUGAGGCUUUCUUUUAAUUUUUUCUUGAAUAAAAGCCACCCCAGCACAGACGGAAGGAUAAGCCAUGCAGUCACUUAUAUGCACGAUACAUGUCGCCUAUUUAACCACACAGCUAGUUACAAAAAAUACGAUGCGUUCUCAUGGAAUGUAAUGAUAAGAGAACAUGCCAACUCUAACAGUGAAGAGAAGGAAGCUCUUGCACUCACAAUUUAUUCUCAGAUGCAGCAAAAUGGCAUUCAUGCAGACAAAUACACAUUUCCCUUCGUGCUCAAGGUUUGUGCUAAUUUAUCAGCUCUGCAAAAGGGGAAACAGAUUCAUAAUCAUGUUAUUAGACGCGGCUUCCAAAGGGAUAUUUAUGUGGGCAAUUCUCUGGUAAGUAUGUAUGCGAAGUGCCGAAAGGUAGAGGUUGCAAGGCAAGUGUUUGACAGAAUUUCUCAGAAAGAUGUGGUCUCAUGGAAUGCAAUGAUUAUUGGGUAUGUUCAAUGUGGGAUUCCCGAGGAAACCUUAGUUUUUUUUCAUCAAAUGUAUUUGGAUGGUGAAGGUGUCCUACCUGAUCAGGGUUCUUUUGUAAGUGUACUCCAAGCCUGCACGGAUUUGCUACGAGGAAAAUGGAUACACAAAUGUGUAAUUUGUGCAGGAUUAGAGGCAGAUGUUUUCGUGGGUAAUUCUCUUGUGGACAUGUACUCGAAGUGUGGGAAUAUAAAGAAUGCACGUCAUGUAUUUGAUAAAAUGCCCAGUAGAAAUGUGGUUUCAUGGAAUUCAAUGAUUGCAGGGUACACCCAAAAUGGAUAUUUGAAUGAGGCGUUGAAACUGUUUUGUCAAAUGCAGACACAAGGUGAAGGUAUCAAAACAGACUUGGUUACAUUGGCCAGUGUCAUUCCCGCCUGUGCUCAAUUGGCAUCUCUGCAAAUAGGUGAGUGGAUGCAUGGCUAUGUAAUUAAAAGUGGAUUUCUUUCCGACAUUGUUGUCGGUAAUUGUCUGAUUGACGUGUACACCAAAUGCAGACAUGUCGAAAGUGCCCGUCAGCUGUUUGGCAAUAUGCCCAAAAAGAAUGUGAUAUCAUGGAGUGCAUUGAUAGCUGGAUAUGUCCAGAUUGGAAAAGCCAGUGAAACUUUGGCACUGUUUAAUCAAAUGCAAGUGUUGGACAUGAAACCUGAUGCAGUGACAAUGCUAAACAUGUUGUCAGCAUGUACUCAUUUAUCAGCAUUGCAGCAAGGUAAGUCACUACAUGCUUACAUAAUAAGCAGUGGAUAUGAAUCAGAGGUUUUUGUUGCCAACGCCCUCAUAGACAUGUAUGCUAAAUGUGGGAGUUUAGAGCUUGCAUGCUUAUUUUUCACCAAAAUGUCUAAUAGGGAUCUGGUUUCAUGGAAUUCAAUGAUUGCUGGGUAUGGAAUGCAUGGGCAAGGUAAAAAUGCAGUUGCUCAUUUUUGCCAACUGCAGCAGUCUAGCAUAAAGCCAAACGAUGUCACUUUCCUGUGUGUAUUAUCGGCUUGCACUCAUGCAGGCAUGGUGAACGAAGGCUGGGAAUAUUUUUAUUGCAUGAAACAACAGUAUGGCAUCACACCAAAACUGGAGCACUAUGCAUGCAUGGUUGAUCUUCUUGGCCGUGCUGGACAUCUGGAUGAGGCGGUACGCUUCAUUAAUAACAUGCCACUAGAACCUGGUGCCAGUGUGUGGGGGGCCUUGCUAGGUGCUUGCAGAAUCUAUUCCAAUAUUACGCUAGGAGAGUGUGCGGCAGAGAGGCUUUUUGAGUUAGAGCCUGAAAAUGCAGGGCUUUAUGUUCUGUUGUCAAAUAUAUAUGCUGCAGCUGGCAGGUGGGAUGGUGUAGCUAAGAUGAGAACAAUUAUGAAAAAUAGUGGAUUGAAAAAGACUCCAGGGUGCAGUUUCAUUGAAGUGAAGAAUAAGAUUCAUGCAUUUCUCGUGGAAGAUAGAUCACACCCUGAAUCUGAAAAGAUUUAUGCAACAUUACAGAGCUUGGCUGUGAAGAUGAAAGCAGCAGGGUAUGUGCCCAAUACAAGUCUUUUACUCCAGGAGAUGGAGUAGGAGAGAAGGGAGCAUAAGCUGGGAAUUGUUUGGGGUUUAUGAAUUAAAGUCCUGGAAUCCCUGUCUGAAUUCCUAAAUAUCUUGGUAUGUAGCACAUGUAGGGAAUUGCUUCAUUUGCUAAUGAAUAUAUUCUUUGAUCUCCUCAUCUAUACAGACACACAGAGAGAGUCCAUGGCGUUGGCGUAGGCGUAAUCAGGAACAUAACAGCAUUUUCUCCUGGUUUGAGUCAGAGCUAAUCACCACUCCCAUAAAGGACACAAUGGCCUGUACAAGCCUUCGUUCUCCAACCAGAUAUGGUAUUUCACAAGAAGUAAAUUACUUUAUUCGAAAGCUACCGAAGUGUAAACUGCUGAAACAUUACUCCUUCGGAUUACCCUAGAUGACAAUUUAGAGGUUUCUGAACCCUCCUCUCACUCCAGGCAGACAAAGCCCAAGUGGUGUCCAAUGGAUACUUUCUAUAGAUCUUUAGUUAAUCACAAAGACCUCUCAAUCUCCUUAUUAUUUUGGCAGAGCUCUCAUGAGUUUGAAAAAUGAAAAUAAUUAACAGAGAACGAUUUUAUAACUAAAGUAAAAUAGAAUCAAAGUUCAUCAAAAAAAUAUUAAUGAAUUUAG